UGAGUUUCUUUUUAGUCUCAGUGAUUUCAGUAGAUCUUUUUAGUGAAAAGGAGAAGCACUGUAGUUAUGAGAAUGAAGGAACACUUACGGUCCAUGUUAGAGGUUACGCGUGGCGGAUGGCCCUAUCCUCGUUUUGGCAAUGACGUCGAGGAAAUGAUACUGGCGUUUACGUUUGACAAAGCCGUUUCAUUUCCCAGCAGUCUGCCUUCGUGUGCUUCUGCUUCGACGACCUGCGAGACCCGUGUCCCUUUACAGACGUCGCAUGAGAAAGGGCCCGGAGUCUCUGUCUCUAUUUCCCGAUCAUCACACUCCGAAGAAGAAGAAGAAGAAGGAAAAGCACACGAUAGGGUUCCGGAAUCGGCCUCCAUUUUGCCGCGAAAAGACCUGUUGCUCGCAUCUCUGGUCGUGCUGGCACAAAAUGGCGGUGGAUUAUCGAGCCUGCUUGGUGCACAGGCAGAUAGCGAGGUGGUUGAUCCGGCUCUUCUUGCUCUCUGUCGCCGCUUGAGGAAUGCAGUACACGCAGAUGCACGUUUGGCAGAGCAAAGAUACGAUGACGAAGUGAACCGCGAUAUGGAGCCUAGUUAUACAGUGAUAUCACAACCAAAGUGGUGCGAUGACCAUUUGUUUCUAGACGGCUUACGGCACUCAAAGGAGGAAAUUGAGAGGAUCGAGGAACUGCAGGCGGAGUUUGUUCGGAAAUUUGUCGCGCGAAAGAAGCGAGAAGCGUAUGCGACAAGCAAGCAGCGACAGCUCAAGGCGAUAAGGGAAAGUCUACUGACCAGUCUAGACCGAAUUCAGGCAGAGUCUUUGGAGCUGCAGCGUGCAAGUGAUCUAAGCAGACGCGCGAGGCUCGUGGGAGGCUAUCAGUCGUGAUGGGGAGCCAAUCCGAUUACGCCAUGGGAUGACUCACCAUGUCAUAAGAAUAACGAGUUGCAAGUUGUCGUCAAAAGUAAGUGAGUGUGGUGAUGUACUAGUACUACAACAUGCACGAAGUAACUAGAAUUCUGGGUGGUUGCAAUGUGUGACUGUCGCUGAGACUGAAGUAGGCGGCUUUUUUAUUAACUCUAUGAAUUGACUACGAGUACGACUAGAAGUAGACUGGUGGUGGUCUCCACCAAUGCAACGGAAUCGCAACAAAUACCGAGAUGUGUGAGAUCUUUCUUUCUCUCAUUCCGUUUUUGAAUUUUAUGAAGAAAGCAGAAAAGCAAGACAGAUUUUUGAUAUUAUUCCGGGUCUAUUAAGGAAUACGAAUCAUGAGAGGAUUGAGCGCC